AUGAAUACCUCGGUAAAAGUCAAUGACCAAGAAUUUAUUUCAAUUCCUCCUAAUGAGCUUACAACCCAGCUUUUUCCGAAUGAAAGAGAGGUUUUUCAAUGUGAAGGCUGCUCAAGAAUUAUACCAAAGGCGCGUUUGAGUGUUCAUAAAUGUAUGCAGGUGAAAAGAAAAAUUGAUAACGUCGAGUUUACACAGAUCUCGAUAGAUAAGCAUAAAUGUGAACUGUGUUGGAAAGAAAUUCCUUUCAUUUUUAUAAGAAUUCAUGCAUAUAGUCAUUACCAUAAUGAUGAGAAUAUUGGUAAUGAAGGUGAAGAAGUUGACGAGAGAUAUAAAGACAUGAUUUCUAAUAUUUUGAAAAAGAGGUCACAAGAUGAAUUAGAGAAAAAAGCACAAAAAGGGAACGGAAAUAUUAAAAAUGAAGAUGGAAAGGAAAACGAAAAGAAAAAUGCAACGAUAGAGAUAAAAGAAAGCUCGAAGGCUACAGAAAAUGAGAAGGAAAAAGAAAAGAUCAAAGAAGUUAAAACAGACGCGAAGAAAAAGGAUGAAAAUAACGAAAAUUCUAAUACCAUAGCCAAAAUAAUUGCUAAAAAAAGUUGCUCUAAGAAAUGGAUGGCUUCAAGCCUUGAAAACGACAAUGAGAAUAUAGUAUUGAACAAAUCUAAAAAAGAACAAAUUGACAGCAGCAAAGUAAGUAACUCAUCAAAUAAGAAUCAACAAUCACAAAUAGGUAAUAAAAAAGAAAUAGGCAAUAUAGAAACAAUUUCGCUCAUAGAUGACAUCAAAACAAAGAAAACUUCAGGAAAAACAGAAAUUAUAUCCUCUAGAAAAAUUAAGGAAGAAAAAGAUAUUAGAAAAAAUCCUGCAGGCGGAGAAAAUAAUGCGCCCUUAUCUAAAGCGUUGAUGUCAAAUCUAAACAAUGAAAAAGUUAAUAAAACGAAUAGUGCAAAUACUUCACCCUUAGUAGCAGAAAGGGCUGCAACCAUAUAUAGAGAAGGUACUAACGAAAAAAAAAUAAAAAAUCCAAUACCGAAUAAAGAAUUUAUUGGAAGCAUGAUAAAAUCACUAUCUAAAAGUGAACUAAAAGAAAUUUAUGAUGACUGUUUUCAGGGAUUUGGAGAUAAAAAAGACUCUGCUAUGGAAACGAUCAGAAAAGUAAGAAUAACAGAAUCGAAACUAAAUCGCUUAGUUUAUGUCCAAAACAGGUUUUUUGCAGCUAAAGUUCAUCACGGAUUUAGAAAAAUGCAUAAAAAUUUGAUGGAUUUUUAUGUGUAA